UGUUUAAACAUUAAACAUACUUCAUUAAAUAGGACUGUGAUAAGCUUAUACUGAUAAACUGAUACUGGUGACAGAUGACUCUUCACCAAAUCACUAUAGUGAUUGUACUAUACUAAAUACCUAUGUUGUUGGGUACAUUGAAAAUGUUAUCGAUGUUUUGCAGCUUUUAGGCAUUAAAAACAUAAGAGUAAGAAGUCGAUGUUAAAACGCAAUAUGGCUUGAAUAAUUAAUAAUUAGAUAAAAACAGUGCUUUUAUAAAUAUGAGCAUACUGAAAUAUAUAUAUAUACAAGCGUAAAUAUAUACUAGUUAAGGUGUACAAUGGGUAAUUGUCUGAAAAUCAACAGUCCCGAUGACAUUUCACUUUUGCGAGGUAGCGAAAGUAUCAGCGGACAGGACAGCGGACCGAUGCCAAUUUACCAGCAUGAACCUUUGCCGCAAAUGUUUUAUCCAGCGUCCUCUGCCAGUCAUAGCGCAGCUUCUGCCACAAAUAUGUCGGAGGAAGAUCAGAUUAAAAUAGCAAAGCGCAUUGGACUCGUCCAACACUUGCCAAUUGGAACUUAUGAUGGCAACUUGAAGAAAGCCCGCGAGUGUGUCAUUUGCAUGGUUGAAUUUUGCGUGGAUGAGGCUGUGCGUUAUCUGCCUUGCAUGCACAUCUACCACGUGCACUGUAUCGAUGACUGGUUGAUGCGAAGUCUUACCUGUCCAAGCUGCUUGGAGCCAGUCGACGCUGCCCUGUUAACCAGCUAUGAAACAACAUAGCGCACUGUAACAACUCGCUUUGCGUAAGGGCUUUUAAAUUAAUAAUCCAAAGGAAACUAAGCGGGUCAGUGUGAAGGCUUGCUUGUGCUUUCCAGGGGACUAUUAUAUUAUUAUUAUUAUAAGCGGUUAAGCAUUACCAUUUUAGUUGUUUAACGAAUAUUUAAUAUCAAUGAAAAAGUCGGUGUACAUAAAUACAUAAGUCAAAAACAAUAACAAAGGAAUGCUUAUAUAAAAUAUAGACGUAAUUUUUACAUAAUUAUAUUACAUAUGUAGCUUAUUGUUAAUAAUUAAAGUGACUAAUGCUGUCUUGAUAACUUGUAAUUUAA